AUGGAGAAGUGGAAAGAUUUUCCCCUUUCUAAGGAGGAGGAGGAAGGUGUCACGGUAGAGAGAGAAGAGAUUUGUGGGAAGGAAGCUUUUCAGAGAACCCUAGCGGGUAGACUCUGGACUGAUAGUAGCUUCAACUCUAGAGCCUUUAUCAGUACUAUGUUGGGAGCUUGGAAGUUGAGGAACCCAGAUGAAACGCAAGAGCUUAGCAAAAACCUUUUCCUAUUUCAUUUCUCUACCAAACGCGAUCUGGAAUCGGUUCUGCGAAACGGGCCGUGGAGUUUUGACAGGAAUAUUCUUGUGCUUGCCAGGGUUUCGGGGGAGGAGCAACCUUCAGAGUUAAAUAUGCAUUUCGGGGUUUUUUGGGUGAGGGUGUAUGAGCUGCCGUUGAUGCUCAGAUCCGAAGUUAUGGCGAGGAAAUUGGGAGGGAUUCUCGGAAAGUUUGAAGAGAUGGACACGAAGGAGGCGAACAGAAUCGACAGAUUCCUGCGACUGAAAGUUACGAUUGACCUUAAAAUGCCAUUAAAACGUGGCACGGUGGUGAGGUUCAAGGAUAAGAAUCUUCGUGUGUUUUUCAAGUACGAAAGACUCCCUACCUUCUGUUUUGUCUGUGGUCGUCUUGGACACCAGUUAAAAGAUUGUGAAUCAACAGGAGACCUUGGUGAUGAGGGCUUUGAAGAUAUCAAAGAGAAUGACCUUCUGUAUGGGCAAUGGAUUAGAGCUUCCCCUCUCCCCAGAGUCAAUGAGGAGGUGAGGAAAAAAGACUCAAAUUCGAGUUCGUGCAGCAAAAGUCUUUUCAACCUUUCAUCUGGUCAAAGCAAGUGUGAAGCUAGGGGUAAGGAGAAGGAGGGAGAAGGAGAGGUGGAGCAACAUAAAGACCUGGGAGAUCAGAGGAAGGAUAAUUUAAUAACAGGCAACCCCAGUCCGGCGGCAGCUCCGACAAAUUUCCUGGAGAUAGAGGCGGUUGCUGAGUCCUUUGGUGCAGUAGACAUAUCAAAUGUUGGGGCAAAGAAGGGAGAGACCUCUAAGGGUAAAGCCAUAAAAAAAAGAAGUGGACCAGGAGACAACCUUCGAGGAAACCGAGUGUUGCGAAGGAGGAGUGGAAGAUUGCGGCAGUGGAGAGAAGAAGAGGAGAGGAAGCCAGGAAGUCAUGAUUUGUGCCCCACAAUUACUACCAGAGGUGGUGUUGGAAGACCAACACCGCCUAGGACAAUGAAAAUCGUUAGUUGGAACUGUAGGGGGUUAGGGAAUCCCCGUGCAGUUCGAGCCUUGUUAAGGCUCAACCGUUUAGAAAAUCCCGAUGUGUUACUAGUUAUGGAAUCCCGUCUCAAGUAUGAGGAGGUGUCAAGUCUCAAGAUCAAAUCUGGUUUUGGUGGUGUUCAUGUGGUUGAUUGUAGAGGGUUCGGGAAGGAUAGAGCGGGGGGGCUUAUUUUGUUCUGGAAAGAAGGUUUUCUCCUCAGUAUUCUGUCCUCUUCGCUAAACCAUAUUGCGGGUUCGAUGAUUGAUGAAGAGGAUGGCCAGUUAUGGAACCUUUAUGGAAUUUACGGCCAUCCGGAAGAACAGUUUAAGAGGAAAACGUGGCAGCUGAUUCAAACUCUGGUCAGGGAAGAAGGUGGCAACGCAAUAGUCUUUGGGGACCUGAAUGAUAUUCUUUGGGACCAUGAGAAAAGGGGUGGUAUUAGCAGAACUAAUAGCCAAUUUCUAUGGGGUAGGAAUGCUGUUAUCUCUUGUGGUUUGGUGGAUUUAGGUUUUGAAGGCUAUCCCUUCACGUGGACAAAUGGAAGGCUUGGAGAAGACAACACUCAAUGUCGUCUGGACAGAGCUAUGGCUUCCAACAGUUUCAUCAACAGAUUUUCCCCAGUUAAAGUCAAACACCUCUCUAGGUUUCAUUCUGAUCACGCCGCAAUUAGUAUCUCACUCGAGGUUGAUGAGUCCCUCAACUCUGUCAGCAGGAAGCGUCCCUAUUUGUUUCGUUUUGAGGAGGUGUGGAGCAAGGAUCCAAGAUGCGAAAGAUUUGUGGAUCAGAUAUGGAAUGAGCCCAGUUCGAGGGGCCUGAACAAAUUUGAUAGGAUUCAAAAUCUUGAUGCUAUGUUUAAAGAAUAUAGAAGGGGGGAGAUUUCAAAAGAGCUACGAAGGAUUGAGGAACAGCUUGGUAGUGAAUUCUGCUGGGCUGAAGGACAUGGGGAUAUAUCUCGCAAUAGGGCUUUGGUGCGACAACGUGAUAAACUUCUUCAAACGGAGGAAAUAAUGUGGAGACAACGGAGCAGGGCCUUGUGGCUGAAGUAUGGAGACAAAAAUUCCAAAUUCUUCCAUGGGAAGGCAAGCCAGAGACGCAAGACAAAUUUGAUAAAGAAGAUUAAGGAUGAGAAUGGGUAUUGGUGGAGAGGCCACGACAAUUACGAGCGCAUUUUGGUAACAUACUUUACUGACAUCUUCUCCUCUUCUUUUCCCACGAAUAUGGUUGAAGUUUGUAAAGUGGUUGAAGGUAGGCUUAAGGCUGAACAUGUCAGAAUUUGUGAAGAGAGCUAUACGGCUGCUGAGGUCAAAACCGCCUUGUUCCAAAUGCACCCCCUGAAGGCUCCGGGACCAGAUGGUCUUCCUGCCCUUUUUUAUCAAAAAUUCUGGCAUAUUGUGGGUAGUGACAUCUGUAAGCUCGUGCUGGAUAUUCUCAAUAAUCAAAAGCACCCUGGCAUCAUAAACAACACCCAUAUUGCCCUCAUCCCCAAAUGCAAAACCCCUACAAAGCCAAAGGAUUUUAGGCCGAUAAGUCUUUGCAACGUCGUUAUGAAACUUGUUUCGAAGGUCAUUGCUAAUAGGCUUAAGAUUUUUCUCCCGGAAAUCAUUGAUGAAGAACAGAGCGCGUUCGUUAAAGAUCGUCUGAUAAUGGAUAAUGCUCUAAUCGCGAUGGAAGGUUUCCAUUGGAUGAAGAAGAAGGUUAAGGGGAAGAAGGGAACCAUGGCCCUAAAGCUUGAUAUGUCGAAGGCGUAUGACAGACUCGAAUGGGAGUUUAUUGUGGAGGUUCUCACUUCCAUGGGCUUCCCUAGAUCUAUGGUUGUUCUGAUUGAGAAGUGUAUUUCCUCGGUGUCUUACAAGGUGUUAAUCAAUGGUGCCCCUAGCAGAUGCUUCACUCCGGAGAGGGGUCUCCGCCAAGGCGACCCCUUCUCUCCUUACCUCUUUAUUUUGUGUGCUAAUGUCUUUUCAGGUUUGAUCAAGAAGGCGGCGAACCACAAGGAGAUCCACGGCUUAAAGAUUGCUCGCAACUCUCCCAUGAUUACACACCUCUUCUUUGCCGACGACAGUCUGUUAUUUGCAAGAGCAUCUCUGGAGGAAGCAAGGCGCAUCAAAGAUAUUCUCAAAGUUUAUGAGCGUGCUUCAGGCCAAAUGGUGAAUUUCGACAAAUCAGAAGUUUCCUUCAGCAAGAAUGUGGGGGAGAACACUCAGGCUAUUAUCCGGAAUCACCUCAAUGUCAAUACCGUGUCCAAUCAUUCAAAAUAUCUUGGUUUACCUGUCAUUCUUGGGAGGUCUAAGAAGGUUGUUUUCUCGCUGGUAGUUGAAAGAGUCUGGAAAAAGAUCAAAGGGUGGAAAGAAAAGUUCCUUUCUACUGCAGGGAGGGAGAUUCUCAUUAAAGCUGUUGUGCAAGCCAUACCCACCUAUGUCAUGAGCUGCUACAAACUCCCAAUUUCUGUUUGCAACGAGUUGGAAGCUCUGGUUUCAAAUUUCUGGUGGGGUGCAAAGGGUGGGGAGAGGAAACUGCAUUGGCUGAGAUGGGAGAAGUUAGCAAAGGCUAAGAAUGUGGGAGGCUUGGGUUUCAGAAACAUCAACGAUUUCAAUUCGUGUCUCCUUGGAAAGACGUACUGGAGAUUACUGUCAAACGAUGAUUCGCUGGUUGGAAAGGUUCUAAAAGGGAGGUAUUUCCCUAGAGGCUCUAUUGAUACGUGCGACGUUGGCUACUGCCCCAGCUACGCUUGGAGGAGUAUUUUGAGUGCACGUGAAGUGGUGCAACGGGGUGCUAGAUGGAGAAUUGGAAACGGAGAGAAGGUGAAGAUCCUAAAUGAUUGUUGGAUCCCGGGGAACCCUGAGUUUAAGCUGCUGUUUGGAACAAACAAUGUUGGAGAGGAGGAUCUUGUUAGUACCCUCAUUGACAAAGAUUUGGGUGUAUGGAAGAGGGAGAUUAUUUAUGAAUCGUUCUCCCCGGAUGAUGCGAAGAAGAUAGUAAGCAUUCCUCUCUCAAGACUUCCUAAUGAUGACAAGCUGGUGUGGCAUUUUGAAAAGAGUGGUGAGUUCUCCGUUAAGACAGCGUAUCAUGCCACCUGCUCGUUCAAAACCUCUCUUCUUCCUGGGCCAUCAAUUUCAGCUUGCCAUAGUCUUUGGAAACUGUUAUGGAAGGCGCCUAUUUAUGCUAAGCAAAGGAAUUUUUUGUGGCGUGUGGCUCAAGACAUCCUCCCCACGCGGGGAAAUCUCGUCAAAAAAGGUAUGAUCAUUGACCCCUUGUGUCCCUUCUGUUUUUCUGGGAUUGAGAAUGUGCAGCAUCUCUUCAUGGAAUGUCAUUUUGCGAAACAAGUUCUCUUUGCGUCUUCUGUUGGUUAUCGUAUCCCUAACUGUAUGGACGUGAAUUAUUGGAUCCAAUCCAUCCUGGAAUGUGGUGAUACUCAUAGUGUUCAGGUUCUUUGUGUUUGCCUUUAUAAAAUCUGGGCUGCUACAAAUUUAAUUGUGUUCCAAGGCAAGACUGUGUGUCCCAUGGCAGUCGCGGGUAGCGUUUCUGACUGUGUGCAAGAUUUUGCUAGAUGGCCCCCUGAUCCUAUUGCAAAGAACCUGGCUCCGGCUGCUGGAAUUUUUGACACCUUUCCUAAGGAUGUCCAUUUUGCGCAUGUGGACGCUGGUUUUACGGAGGAUGAACACACGGUUUUUGGAUGCACUUUUAAGGAUCCUUUCAACAAGGUCAUCCUGGCAGCUAGCAAGAAGGAUUUAAUAAUGGUUGAACCUAGCCUUGCUGAACUCUUGGCUCUUAGGUGGUGUAUCCUUCUAGCUGCGGAGAUUAAUCUGGAAAAGGUUGUCUUCUAUACUGAUGCUCUAGUAGUGGUUGACUGUAUUAACUCUAUCCAUAGCAAUGCCUCCCUCGACCCCAUAGCGGCGGAAUGCAGGCAGCUUCUGAGUUCUUUUUCUUUUAGUUCUGUUAUUUUUGUUCCCAGGAAUUGUAAUUUUGAUGCUCACAAUGUGGUGUUGCUUGGAAAAAUGUAUGGCUCCCGGACCUGGUUAGAAGGUCUACCGAGAGCAAACUCUGUAUCUCUACCUUUUCAUGGCCUUUGA